AUGGCUUCAAAAUCGCAAACGAAGGGAACUUCAAAAAAGCUAAUACCGAAGAACCAGAAGAAGGAUGAAAGGAAGAUGUCUUCCAAAGUGUCUAAAUUACAAAAGAAAAAAAGCAAUGCCAAUAAAUUGCAGAAGAUGGCAGAUAUACAACUAAAGGAUCUGAUGGAUGACGAAGAACCAGUUAAACAGGAUAAGAAGACAGCUCUCAAAGACAUUAAACAAAGUUAUUAUAAGGAUAAGAUAUGGGAAAAGGAACUAUUGAAGGAGGAAACAAAGGUUGGAGAUGACAUAGCCAAGCAGUUGGAACUGAUGGGAGAGUUUCGGUUGUGA